AUGGCCACUACCAUUCCCUCCAACCCUGCCGCCGCGACCCAAGUCUCCAAGACCCUCACCGCCGACGCCCAGAUCGAAGCCAGUCUGGCUGCCAAACUCGACAACCUUAAGCUCGCCGAACAAAUGGAGCCCCUCCUCAAACCCAACCCCCGUCGCUUCGUCCUCUUCCCCAUCAAGUUCCACGAAGUCUGGCAGAUGUACAAAAAGGCCGAAGCCUCCUUCUGGACCGCCGAAGAAGUCGACCUCUCUAAGGACAUGCAUGACUGGGAGAACCGACUCAAUGCCGACGAGCGGUACUUCAUCUCACACAUCUUGGCCUUCUUUGCGGCAAGUGAUGGGAUUGUGAAUGAGAACUUGUUGGAGCGGUUUUCGAAUGAGGUGCAGAUUCCUGAAGCGAGAUGCUUUUAUGGUUUCCAAAUCAUGAUUGAGAAUGUUCAUUCAGAGAUGUACUCGUUGUUGAUUGACACCUAUGUCAAAGAGCCUGCACAGCGUGACCAUCUCUUUGAUGCUAUUGACACCAUCCCAUGCAUCCGCAAGAAGGCAGCCUGGGCACUGCGCUGGAUCUCCGACGAUAACUCAACCUUUGCCGAACGCCUCGUCGCCUUCGCAGCCGUCGAAGGAAUCUUCUUCUCUGGUUCCUUCGCCUCCAUCUUUUGGCUCAAGAAACGCGGUCUCAUGCCCGGCCUCACCUUCUCCAACGAACUGAUCUCCCGCGACGAGGGCCUUCACACCGAUUUCGCCUGCCUCCUCUUCUCCCUCCUCCAGAACACCCGUCCCGACAAGAAGCGUGUCAACGCCAUCAUUACUGAGGCUGUGAGAAUCGAGCAGGAGUUCUUGACGGAUGCCCUGCCCGUGAUGUUGAUUGGAAUGAACGCCAAGCUCAUGCAGCAGUACAUCGAGUUUGUGGCUGAUCGUCUGUUGGUGGCCUUGGGUAACCCCAAGCAUUACAAUGUUGAGAACCCGUUCGAUUUCAUGGACUUGAUUUCGUUGCAGGGCAAGACCAACUUUUUCGAGAAGCGCGUUUCGGAUUACCAGAAGGCUGGUGUCAUGUCGGGCGCUGGUGCUGACAAGGCCGUCAACAACUUUACCCUUGACGCCGACUUUUAA